AUGGAAACACAAAGCACUAAACGCAUUGAAAAUGACAGGGGUUUUAAUUAUGCCGUGAAAUUGACGCGAUUGCUCAUGAUUUCGUGCGGAAUUUGGCCAGCAAAAUUUUCCACGAGCUUUCAGAAGUGUCUACGACCUAUUCUAAUAAUUAUCUGCUUCUUCAUUAUGUUUUUUCAAUUGAUUCCUUUCUGUCUCUUUAUGUUUCUGAUCAUAAAGGAUAUGAGGAUACGACUAAAGCUCCUAGGGCCGUUAGGUUUCAGCCUGACCAGCUUGUUCAAGUACGUAGUCGUGGUGAUUAAGAAUCGCGAGAUCGCCAAGUGCGUACAGAUAAUGGUUGACGAUUGGCAUCAACUUAAUAGUACCGAGGACAGAAAAGCGAUGCUGAUCAACGCUAAAACCGGCCGAGUUUUGACGAUGGUCUGCAUGUUUCUCAUGUAUGGCGGUGGGAUGCCCUACGUGACCAUCGUACCCCUGACCAAAGGUGUGACAAUGGUUGGAAACGUCAGUUACAGGCAUUUGGCCUAUCCAAGCUACUAUAUUUUCUUCAAUCCUCACGUCAGACCAAUUUACGACGUCAUUUUCGCAACGCAUUGCAUAUGUGGCUUCACGAGAUACACGAUAACGUGUGCGGUUUACAGCAUUGUAAUCAUCUGCGUCAUGCACAUAUGCAGCCGCAUUGCAAUCACUUCGUCGAUGCUUCAAAGACUGGCUGACGAUAGCGAUGGCAGAUUGUUGGGCACAGCCGUCAAACAUCACUUGGACAUUUUGAAGUUUGCUACGAAACUAGAAAAUAUUUUCAAAGAGAUAUUUUUAGCCGAAGUGCUUGGUAGUACAUAUCAAAUUUGCCUACUUGGAUAUUACUUCAUUACAGAAUACGAACAAAGAGCUGGCAUUGCAACUGCUACAUACUUAUUUUUGUUCAUGUCGUUUGUGUUCAAUAUUUUUAUUCUAUGCUAUAUCGGGCAGAUUUUGACGGAACAGUGUGAAAGCAUUGCAACGACAGCAUACACGUCAAAAUGGUACCAGCUUUCUGGAAGGGAAGCACGGAGUAUCAUCCUAAUAGUCCAUUGGAAUCGUCGUCGAGUCGUGCUCACUGCUGGAAAAAUGUUAACAUUAUCACUUGAAAGUUUUUCUAGUAUUGUAAAAGCUGCGGGAGGAUAUCUGAAUAUACUUCGAACGGCCGUCGCUAAUUCCAAUUAA